AUGCUGCCAGUGAUAAUGAUCAUAGGGACCGGAUAUAUCGUUUACUACACCAUAGUAGGCUUUUGGGUAAUCGUAUUCAUCGUUCUAUUGUGCUGCAGAACUCCUCCUCCUCCCCCUCCUCCUCCUCCUCCUCAACAAGACAUUGAAACUGGACAUAUUCCAGCGAUCAAUAAAACCACGGUCGAGACGAUCAUAAAGGUUGAAGAUGUCGAAGAAGGAGAUGAGGGUUGCUGUUCAAUUUGUCUAGAAGAGUUCAAGAUUGGCCACGAGCUUAUGUGCAUAAAGAAGUGUAGGCAUGUUUUUCAUCGCUUUUGUAUGCUUUCUUGGAUUGAUGCGAAUCGAAAUUGUCCUAUUUGUCGUUGUUCUGUUGAUUGA